AGUCAGCUAUCGAAGGCGCUCUCUCUCUCUCUUUGGUUCCAAAUGCUACUGGGUGUUCUGACGUUCAAUCUUUACAGGCGACAUGAUCUGGUCUAGGCUUUCUAGGAAGAUCAAUCUCUUGCCUUCCUUGAAGAAUUUACGAGCUGCUCCCUUCGAGUUCAGUGAAGCUAGAGGAGAUCUCCAAUUGGCCAAUUUCAGUAACAGAAGAACCCUUCAUGGGUAUCGUCGUCUGGCCGAUUUCAAUGACGGAAAAACUGCUCAUGGGUAUCGUCGUUCUCUGGUUUCUCAAUUCAAUCUCGCCUCCACAUCUCGUAGUUUCGAUGCAUCCUCUUCAUUAAUUGGUUUUCGGCGGCUCUAUGUCACUCAGACCGCAACAGAACGGAAAUCAAAUAAGAUUCUAAUCUAUCUAACGGCACUGGUUUUUGCCAUGGUGGGCGCUACUUAUGCUGCUGUUCCUCUCUAUAGAAGGUUUUGCCAAGCUACUGGGUAUGGGGGUACUGUUCAACGACGCGAGAGUGUUGAGGAAAAGAUUGCUCGGCAUGCUAAAGAUGGAACAACUACUGAGAGGGAGCUUGUGGUUCAGUUCAAUGCUGAUGUAGCUGAUGGGAUGCAAUGGAAGUUUAUUCCUACACAGAGAGAGGUAAGGGUCAAACCUGGAGAAAGUGCUCUUGCAUUUUACAUGGCAGAAAAUUGUAGCUCAGCUCCUAUAACGGGUGUUUCUACAUACAAUGUGACACCUAUGAAGGCUGCAAUAUACUUCAAUAAAAUACAGUGCUUUUGCUUUGAGGAGCAGCGACUUCUUCCAGGGGAGCAGAUUGAUAUGCCAGUGUUCUUCUACAUUGACCCUGAGUUUGAGACAGAUCCUAAAAUGGAUGGAAUUAAUAACAUAAUCUUGUCCUACACCUUUUUUAAAGUACGCGAUGAUUAAAGAUAUCACUGUUUGCUGGAUAGCUUACUUUCCAUACCUCAUGGCUCAUGUUGAAUACAAGACAUUGAAGAAAACUUAAAAUUUACUUUGUAAUUUUAUUCUUUCUUUUGACAUAUUUUUUCUCCUAUUCCCUUGCAUAUUUGAAGGUAUUAAAUUUUUGAAAUCAAUAAAAAAAUGUGAGUUGAUUCAGGAGAGAUGAGGUUGUUACUUGAAACUGCAAGAUUGGAACCAUUGUUGUACUGACAAAUACAUGAAUAUCAAUUCACUUUCAAGAUGAA